AUGGCUGCGGUUGCGACUUCGGCGACGAGCUCCGCCCUGAUUAAGUCGGGCCAGGCAGGGGCCAAUCGACCAUCAGCACCGAACGUCACCAGGGUGGCGAUUCGCGACUCGAAGACGAUUGGCAUCAAUGACCACAUCUACAUCUCGUCGCACUGGACGGCAGGGCCGGGUGAGCCUUAUACUAUUGCGCGUGUCAUGGAGUUUGUUACCGCUUCCUCCUCGCGCAAUGGCGCCGCUCCCCUAGCCAGCUCAUCGGGCACGCUGCAGGUGCGAGCCAACGUCUAUGCACGGCCUCGUGACAUCUCGCACCGAGUGGGCAACGACUCGCGUCUCCUCUUUGCCACGAUGCACUCCGACGUCUUUGCUCUUGAGUGUGUCCGAGGGCUCUGCGUCGUCCGACACCGCGACCUCAUCGGUGAUGCUCCCGACGUCUCGGCGUGGAAAAAGAAGGAAGACCACUUUUACUACACUCAGCUCUUUGAUCGUUACCUUCAUCGAUACUACGAUGUCAUCCCUACCGACAAGGUCAAGAAUGCCCCGCAAGAGGUCCUCAUCACGCUUCGGAAUCGCUACAGCUUCGUCGCGGCCGAGGUCGGCAUGACGGCGGACCUCUGUGAUUCCCUUCGAGGCUGUGCCACCUGCCACCGUUGGGCUGCCAGCACGGAAUCGGUUCGCUGCGAUAUCUGCAAAAAGUUCUUUCAUAUGCGGUGUCUCAAUCCUCCGCUCAUCUCCAAGCCAGCAAAGGGCUACAGCUGGACCUGCGCACCGUGUUCUCGGAGGCACGAGCAGGAUGUUACCCUUGGUGGAGGCAGCACCGCAGGCUCCUCUUCCCCCUUGUAUGGCAGCGAUACCUCGUCAGAUACGGGUAGCUUUGCCCGGCUACCUGGCAGCGUCCGAGGCGGGGCAGCCAAUGGUUUAGGGUCUGCACCUGGCCGAGGCAGGGGGAGGGGCGCCUUCAAGGGCAUGGGCAGAUUCUCGCACUUGAACGCAGGCGAAGAUGGCGGCAGCUCGGAUCGGUCACGGGAGUCCACGCCUACAGCCAGUGGUCUGACCCUCGAGCCAAGGACGAUCGAUGACGAACGAGGGACACGUUGCUUCAAUCAUUGGCCCUACCGAUACUUUGGUCAGCAUACCGAUGCCCUCGACGUGCUGGAUCCUCAUGAUUCCGCCUAUCCAAGGGCAACGACGAGGCUAGGUCCCAAAUUCCAACUCAACAUCAUCCCCUGGGAAGAUCAGCUGGCUCUCGGCAUUGGCGUUCGCAGCGAUAAGAUGCUAAGCGCCAUCAGCAGCGGGCUCGAGUCUCACGAAGGAACUGGCGGGGUGGGGACGCCCACCGAUGAAGCAGCAAUCCCCCAAAUCCAGCCUGCACCGGCACCCACGAGGGGCAGAGGGAGAGGUAGGGGCCGAGGUCGUGGCCGAGGAGGUCGACCGUCUCUACAACAACAGCAGCAACAUGAUGGUGCGACGAGUAGCCGCGCUGAAACUCCUGUUGGCACCCCGUCCUUGUCCACCGUCGGCCUGCCUGCGGUACUGGAUGGAUCUUCGCCAUUGGACAUAGACCAAGAGAAGCUGUGGGAUAGAGGAACAGACGAGACUGCCGAGCCCCAAUUUCUGCCCAGCAUUGGAAAGGAGAAGCUCGUCGAAAAGUAUAUGAAGAUGUGCAAACAACACCUUCAUCAGCACGCGACCCUCGUCUCCUUCCUCGAUCGCGCCCUGAUGCUCCUUGUCAAACAUCAAAGCAACCCUGCCGCAGCGCUGAGCGAGCUGUCUUCGAGCUCAAAUGAGGACUUUGAGAUUGCGCUCUGGACUCCCAAGGAGGUGCGACAGUUCGAAAAGGCAGUGGCUGAGCACGGCUCCAGGCUCAAGCUCCUCAAGAAGGCUGUGCCCACAAAGACGUCAGCUCAGCUUAUACGGCGCUUCUACCAGUGGAAGUGCGACCGCAUGCAAGAGGUUCUCGACGCGGAGCAAAAAGCGCGAGAAGAAGAAUCGGCGGGAGACUCUAAAGCGGGCACAGCUGGCGGCAACAGCAGCGAACUUACGCGUGUCAGGCCGAAUCCGGCUUCGCGAGCCGUAUCUCCGUCAGCAUCCAUCUACGGCGACGAAGACGAGGCACCAUACCCUGGUGCAAAGACGUGCAAGAUGUGCUCGACAGUAUCGUCGGCCAUCUGGUACAAAGCGCCCUUGCCGUGGCACAAUCGCGUCCUCUGCAUCAACUGCGGCAUCUUUUGGCGCAAAUAUGCGGCCGAAAACUCAAACCAGGAACUCAUUGCUACGUCUACCAAGCGGACAGCCGCUCCAACGGCUGCUGAUGCCGCCCUCGGCGUCGCUCCACCAGUCAAGUCCGCCAAGCUUACCAGGAGUGGAUCGGUCCGAGGCGCAGCAGGUUCGUCUGCCACCAGCACGCCUCCACCACAAGCCUCGGCAGGAGCAGCGUCGUCGUCGGCCUCGUCGGCCUCAAGACUGGACCCAAUCAAGUGUGUUCUCUGUCGAAGGCUGGAGCCGAAGAAGAAGCUGGCCCAGUGUCGCCAAUGCUCACUCAGCGUGCAUCAAGGCUGCUACGGUCUUACCGAAGAGGAACUGGCCCUCGAGGUGUGGCAAUGCGAAGCCUGCUCUAACGAAAAGACGCUCGAUGCAUCUUUGAAUCCCUGCUGCAUUCUCUGCCCUCCUCCAAAGCCCAUUCCACUCUCCGUCGCUUCCAGCAAUGUGUCGUUGCAGCCGGAGAAGUCUUCGGCGCGCGUCGGUCGGAAGAGCACCAACAAUACUCCUAUGCUUUCGUCGGCGGCGACAGGACCGGCGGGCGCUCCGCUGAGUGUCAUGGAAGCUGUGAAACCGACAGAAUGCAACAAUUGGACUCACGUGGUCUGCGCGCUCUUUAUGCCCGACAUCGUUCUUACGGAGCCAGAGCGGAUGAAGACGGUCGAAGGGGCAGGCAACUUGCCGCUUUGGCGCUACCAAGCGAUGUGCGACCUCUGCCACGAACAAUCGGGCGGCGCCUGUGUGACGUGCAAUGAGCCAUCGUGCAAGCGAGCCUUCCAUGUCUCGUGCGCCUGGCAGGCUGCCAAUUUUGUCCUUGGCUUCGACAUCCAGCCUGUCAAGAGCAGCAGAAGGGACACUGUCCCCACCGCAAGCUUCAGGGGGGAGAGCGGCCACAUGUCGGCGGUGGUGUAUUGCAACUUGCAUCGCGAUGUUGGGAAGAACAAGGGGCUACACGACUGGGCCGACAUCGAUUCGACCACCGGUCUGACGGCAGCGCAGACCUACGCAACGACGCACAAGUCUGUCUCGAACGACCGAGCCGUCAGCACGGGCCUGUCUGCUUCGAUAAGCGGCGCGGCAGGUGUUACUUCUUCUCUCUCGGCUUCAGCGGGGGCCCAAUCGUCAUUGACGACGCCAUCGACGAACGCUCAAACAUCCUCCUCCACGUCUUUGUCCGAACAGACUUACGGACUCUUGCGACGCGCGAAGAGACUUGAUCUAGCCCUUAAUCAGCUUCAGCAGAGCCAACAGGGUGUGCCUUUGCAGAGCUACAUGCGGGGCUCUUCCUCCAACAAACGCCUCUCGUCCUCCUUCAUUAAUGCUUCUAUAUCAGCCACACCUGCUCCUCCGACUGUGGCCAUCAGCGGGCAACAAAUGACGCUGCUGCACAACCUGAACGAUGCAAAUGCCAACACCGCCUCAUCGAUCCAUCUCCUUGGCGCAAAUGCAGGCGCGGCGGGUCCGAAGUGUUGCGCACGAUGCCAGUCGCGCUUCUCGCCCUUCUGGUUCGGUGUUCCUGCCGAUGCUCGCGAGCUAGACGAGGAGGAGCAGGAGCAGGGAGAGGAAAGGGAUUGGCUAAAGGCUGUCAAGGAAGAGGCAGCGGCGUCUACCGUCUUGUGCCUCCGAUGCAGGCAUGCCGUCGUUCCACCUCUGCAAUAA